UCCCCAGGGAAGGAGCAGGCUGGCGUGGUGGUGCCCACCUCGGGGGGCAGGUACGACGUGCACCUGCGGGAGCGGCGGCGCGUGGCCGUGUACUGGGAGGAGGAGGCGGCCGAGGUGCGGCGCUGCACCUGGUUCUACAAGGGGGACAAGGACAACAAGUUCAUUCCCUACUCUGAGGCCUUCAGUGAGGAGCUGGAGGAAGCUUACAUGAUUGCCGUGACCCUGGGUGAGUGGAAGAAGAAGCUGGAGUCCCCCAACAGAGAAGUCAUCAUCCUGCACAACCCAAAGCUGAUGGUUCACUACCACCCCGUGGCCAGCUCUGAUGACUGGGUCUCCACCCCCACGGAGCAAGGCCGGCCCCGCACUGUGAAGAGAGGAGUGGAGAACAUUGCUGUGGAGAUCCCCAAUGGAGAGCCGCUGCAGAUCGAUCACCUGGUGUUCGUGGUGCACGGCAUCGGCCCCGCCUGCGACAUCCGAUUCCGCAGCAUCGUGCAGUGCGUGAAUGAUUUCAGGAACGUGUCCCUCAGCAUGCUGCAGUCCCACUUCAGGAAGGCCCAGGAGCAGCAGCAGGUGGGCAGGGUGGAGUUCCUGCCUGUGAACUGGCACAGCUCCCUGCACUCCACUGGCGUGGAUGUCGACCUGGAGCGGAUCACGCUGCCCAGCAUCAACCGCCUGCGUCACUUCAUCAACGACACCAUCCUGGACGUGUUCUUCUACAACAGCUCCACCUAUUGCCAGACCAUCGUGGACACGGUGGCCUCGGAGAUGAACCGCCUGCACCAGCUCUUCCUGCAGAGGAACCCGCGCUUCAAGGGCGGAUGCUCUGCCCCUGCCUGCUUUCUAGGGUCACUCAUUUUGUUUGAUCUCCUGACGAACCAGAAGGCUGAUCCCGAGGAGAAGGAGCACUGUGUGCAGGGGUCCAGGACAACCUCAAGCACGGGGGGUAUUGAGGAGGUAAAAGAAAUCCUGAAGAAGCUGGAGCUGUCUGAGUACUGCGAUGUUUUUGAGAAGGAGAAAAUGGACAGGCAAGCACUGCUCUUAUGCACAGAGAACAACCUGAAAGAAAUGGGAAUUCCCUUAGGGCCCAGAAUGAAAAUACUCCAUUACAUCAGCUCUGAGACAGGGAUGAAGGGUCGGAGCUCAGCAGCUCCUGGGCACGGUGAAGGUGAGGCUGAGCCAGGGUCCCCAUCCCAGCUUGGGGACAGCUCUGAGGAUGGCAGGAGCUGCCAGUACCGGGACGUUGGCCUGGGACAGGUGUCAGCAAACUACCCCCAGCUGAACUACAAGCCCAGCAUCUUCUUUGCCUUUGGCUCUCCCAUCGGGAUGUUCCUCACGGUGCGGGGAGUGAAGCGCAUCGACCCCAACUACAGCCUGCCCACCUGCAAGGGCUUCUUCAACAUCUUCCACCCCUUUGACCCUGUGGCGUAUCGGAUCGAGCCCAUGAUCGUCCCGGAGCUGGAGUUCGAGCCCAUGCUGCUGCCCCACCACAAGGGCAGGAAGAGGAUGCACCUGGAGCUGAAGGAAGGGCUGACCCGCAUGAGCGUGGACCUGAAGAACAACCUGCUGGGUUCCCUGAGGGUGGCCUGGCAGUCCUUCACCCGCUCCCCCGUGCUUGCCCUGGAGGCUGGGAGCUCUGAGGCUGAGGCAGAGGCAGAGGCUGGCGCUGAGAAGCAGCCAGACACAAGGGCAGAGGAGCCCCCAGCAGCAGUGAAGGAGGAGACCCCUCCCAUCAACGUGGGGAGGCUCAACGGGGGGAACCGCAUCGACUACGUGCUGCAGGAGAAGCCCAUAGAGAGCUUCAACGAGUAUCUGUUUGCACUCCAGGGGCAUCUCUGCUACUGGGAGUCAGAGGACACCGUGCUGCUGGUUCUGAAGGAGAUCUACCAGACACAAGGCAUCACACUGGACCAGCCUUUACCAGGGAGCCAGUGACCCACCUGUGCUCUUCUGGCUGUUCAAUCCCACAGAGCACUCACCAGGAAAGUCCAGAUCUCAUCUCUGCCUUCCUCUCUCCUCUGCUGCCGUGUCCUGCAUGCUGCUUCCUGGAGACAGGAUGGAUUUUCCUCCAUUUUGGCUAGGGCUAGGGGGAAAAACCAUCAAGGAAAAACCACUUCAGCUCCAACACACACACACACACACCACCUGUACAGUGACUCCCUGUGGCAAUGUGUGCUUUCAGCCUGCACCCUGUGAGCCCCCACACCAGCAGACGAGCUGUCCAGGCUCAGAGCCCACACCUGGCUCUGUGAGGACACUCACAGCCUGGGACUUGAGGAGAAAAAGCCUUAAACACAGCGUGGGAAGAGCUGCAGCAGCCUUGGAGCAAGGGAGAUUGCUGAGUGCUAAUACAAAAACACAAAACCCCCCAGCAGGGCACAGGAGGUGAAACCCAGGGCACAGAGAGCUGCUGAGCCAUGGGGGCUGGCCAGCAUCAUCCCUGCACUGCUGCUGCAUCCCUGGGCACCCCUGCACUGCUGCUGCAUCCCUGGGCACCCCUGCUGCAUCCCUGGGCACCCCUGCACUGCAGCCAGGCAGGGCUGCCCCUAAAGCACCCUGUGAGAGUGGCAUGCUCGUGCUCCUCCCUGCUGUGGGGUGCUGCUGGGGACAGCUCUGCACCCCAAACCCAGCCCAACCCAGCCCAUUCUGAACACCCAGACCCUCCCCAUGGCCCUGGCCCAGCCAGUGCUGCUGGGGACAGCUCUGCACCCCAAACCCAACCCACCCAGACCCUCCCCAGUGCUGCUGGGGACAGCUCUGCACCCAAACCCAGCCCAACCCAGCCCAUCCUGAACACCCAGACCCUCCCCAUGGCCCUGACCCAGCCAGUGCUGCUGGGGACAGCUCAGCACCCCAAACCCAGCCCAUCCUGAACACCCAGACCCUCCCCAGUGCUGCUGGGGACAGCUCAGCACCCAAACCCACCCCAACCCAGCCCAUCCUGAACACCCAGAGCCUCCCCACAGCCCUGACCCAGCCAGUGCCCUGCUGUCCCUGCUCCAAGGAAAGCUUCCCCCCCAGCUGGCAGUGCCAGCCCUCUGAGCCCUGCAGGGACACAGAGCAGUGUGAGCAGCAGCUGAGCACGGAGAUCUGUGCCCUCUCCACGCUCCCAUCCUGGUUUAGCUUUAAAUGUCCAAAAUGCAGCCAGCAAGGUGGAGCCCAGAUGCAGCAGGGGGUGGGCACCUAGGAAUGACCCCAGCUCUGUAGGCAGCUCAGUGUGCACUGCCUUGAAGCUCUUUUUUGAGGGGCAGGGCUGGAGAACCUCUGUGAUGCUUCCCUGGGGCUCCAGUGCUGGGUGAGGUGUUGCUGUGCAGCCUUUGGAGAGCCAAACCACUUUUCCCUCCUGCUGACUUUUGCCCUGCAUGGGGUAAGGAGCCUUUUUUCCCCCCACAGAGCCUGUUGGUUUGUUUUUCCUCCAUUGUCUGUUAUUUGCACUAUUGGAAGGGUUUUGUUUGCAGCCUCCAUCCCUCCUCCCCUCCCAAGGAACAGAAGCUGUUCUGUACCUGACUGCAGGAACAGCCAAGCUGCUUGGUCAGCACCUGACUGGCUGAAAUCUCAUGGGAGCAGGAAAAGGGACAGUCUUAACAUGGGACACUAAUGAUCAGCUUUUUAAGUUAUGCACUUUGUUAAAAAAAAAAAGGAAGUUAAAUACAUUUUAAAUGUUAUUUAAUGUCUUUUCCAGUAAAAGCCAAAAUAAAUAAGUAGGUGAC